ACCACCGGACCACAUCAUCGUCUCUUUCGACGUGGUGUCGUUGUUUACUAAUAUCCCUAAGUAUUUGGUCACCCACGAUAUAAUAAUGAGCUGGCCAGAAAUAUCCCCGCACACCAACAUCAGUCUGGACAUCUUCUUGGAGAUCGUGGAGUUCCUGAUCGACUCUUCGUAUUUCUGUUUUCAAAACAACUUCUAUACACAAUUGCUAGGGACAGCUAUGGGGAGUCCACUCUCACCAAUACUGGCAGAUAUCACCACAGAGACCCUUCUGUUGGUUGCCACCACAACAGCGAAGAUACCAGUGGACCACAUACGCAAGUACGUUGAUGAUCUGUUCCUGAUACUACACAGGGACCAGGUCGACGACGUGCUCAACGUAUUCAACCAAUACGACCCACACCUACAGUUUACGUGUGAAGUAGAAAAAGAGGGUAAACUACCUUUCCUGGAUCUACUAGUCAUACGCAACCCGGACAACACGCUUACUACCGAGUGGUAUGCUAAGCCCAUAUCCUCAGGCCGACUACUUAACUUUCACUCCAUGCAUCCGCUGGACCAGAAACUCGGCGUAGUGUCCAACUUUAUAGAUCGUGUGCGCACGUUCAGUACGGCUACCAACGUGGCCCAACAAAAUCAGCUGAUACUACAACAUUUGCGACGCAACGACUACCCUACACACUUGGUGAAGAGGAUGCUUCACCAACCCAUCCAGAGUACACCUACACGGACGGAAGACCCCCUAGCAGUCUACCGUUCCAUACCACUAAUCCCUGGUCUCUCAACAACCCUGAAACGCAUCAUUACACACAACAUUCCCCAUACCAUGGUCGCUACCAAAUCCAGACACACAAUCAAGCAGCUUCACAGCUCUGUGAAGGACCCUGUACCACACCUACAAAAACACAACGUGAUCUAUCAGAUACAAUGUCAGAACUGUGAGCAGUGCUACAUUGGGAUGACCACCAACAACCUGCGCCGGCGUAUGUACGGACACCAGUCCUACAUCAACGCCCUGGACAAGAAGCUGCUAGAAGGGUACCAAUACUCGGAUGUGGAGGUUCAACAGCUGCGGGAAAAGACCGCGUUGAUCGAACACUGCAUUCUACACCAGCACCGUUUCAAUCUGAAACAACCACACAUCAUCGACCAUAGCUACAAGACGUCCGCACUUCCCGUACUAGAGAUGUGCCACAUCACCACUACAUCCAACACGGUCAACCGCCGUACGGACACCGAUGGACUGAGCUGUGCAUACGCCAACUGCCUGUCCAUGGUCGGGUCCAGCAGGAGGAGACCUCCUAACACUAAUACUACCGCCAACCUGGCCCAGUCCCCCCUCACACCACUACACACUACCCCAACCCCACUGCCCAACCAAUAGUAUCAGUUUUCCCAAAUGUUUACACCCAAGUGCUCGUACGUUCGAUUUUUGCAUGCAUUAAGUGAUAAUUUGGCCUUUACCUGUACGAUCUUAAUGUUUGAACUGCAAACAACCGUUGUGCCCCCCCAACCUAUAACAAUUCCUCCGUUUAAUCAACGAUACUGGACAACGUUGAUUAUUGUCAAGCCCUGAAGAAGGUCCCAACCAAGGACCGAAACGUUGGCGACGACAAAAUAUAAAUCGACGCGUUUUACUGCGACUGCAAGCCGAAACAAUCUCUGUACGUUCUUA